CUUUGCACUGAAAGAAUGAACACGAGGCAUGUGAGGCGUGUGAGAACCAUCGGAGACCAGCAGCUGAGUAUGGACACUGCUGAGACCAGCUACUGCUUCUGCUACCUGGAUCAGGGUCAGUGGACUCGCCUGUCUGACCUGCAGACUGCCGCUGACUGUCUGCAGGACUCUGAGUCUUUGGACCGCUGCAUCCAGACUGCUCUGUCAGACCUCUACCCGCCCUUCCAGGCCACAUCCCCGACUGUCCUCUGUCAGGUCCUCAGCGUGGUGCAGAGCUGCUACAGAGGAGACGGCCUUCGCUACCUGAUCCACUUCCUGUUGCCCGCAAAGCAGCUGUUAGCCAACCUGCAGCAAGACGCCUGCCUGCAGUACUGUGGUCUGCUGUUUCGCCAUGAAGGCUGGCCUCUGUGCGUCCAUGAGAAGGUAGCGGUUCAGCUCUGUCCUCUGGACCAACGCCUCCUCUGUCCAGGAGACUUCUACCUGCUGGUUUCUCCUCCUGCUGCUGUUCCUCGUCCUCAAGCACGCAGCGCCUCCUGUCGGAGCGCCGUGUCCUCCUCCCCCCGCCUGCUCGUGUGCAGCGUGUCGGCCGGCAGCCGUCAUGUGGAGCAGCAGGAGGUGUCGGAGAUAGCCCUGCGGUCCAUCUUCAGCAUGGCCUGGCUGGACUCUGUUAACAGGGAGAGGGAGCAGCGAGGAGCAUCCAGGCUGGAGCGCUGCCUCCUCUCUGCCCACGGAGACGUCUUCAGGGUCCCGUGGGAGGACCUGGUCUACCCACAGUUCAUCAGCCGGCCCCGGACCUCCCUGAAGGAGGAUAAGGAGUCGUCCGUUAAGGAUGGAGAUGCGUUAAUUAAUGCAUCUCACAAUCCGUGUAGCGACAGGAGACAGGAUGUACAGCUCCUCCCAUCUACAAAAACUGGCCAAUCGGCAGCGAGCAGUGAGGGCGAGGACUCGGAGGGCGAGUACGUGGAGCUGACGGAGCUCCCGCUGCCUCGCUUCUCCCCUCAGAAAGGCUCCUUAACCCAGUCCAUCAGUCUGCAGCACCGAGCCAGAACCAGCGCACACUGCGCCGCACACGCACCUCAACACACCCACUCCACCACGCACACACCUCAACACACCCACUCCACCACGCACACACCUCAACACACCCACUCCGCCACGCACACACCUCAACACACCCACUCCACCACGCACACACCUCAACACACCCACUCCACCACGCACGCACCUCAACACACCCACUCCACCACGCACGCACCUCAAGACGCACACUCCGCCACGCACGCACCUCAAGACGCACACUCCGCCACGCACGCACCUCAAGACGCACACUCCGCCACGCACACACCUCAAGACGCACACUCCGCCACGCACACACCUCAAGACACACCUCAAGACGCACACUCCGCCACGCACACACCUCAACACACAGCGACUGACGCUACGACACACUCCGCCAAUAACACACACGCCACUUCCCACGCUGGGCUGUGUUCCAGGCUCCUCGAGGAGAACCUCAGCCAGGACUCCUGUGGACCCGUCAUCCUCACCCACAUCUCCCCCACCUCCUCCUCUGCUCCUCCUGAAGUCGUGGGAACCUCCAGCUGUCAGUCGGAGCGCUGGACGUCUCAGGAACAAAGAGGAGGUACUGACUCAGGCGGGAGUCUGAAGCUAAACACUGAACCUGCAAACUGCACAGAGCAGAAAGAGGAAGAGGAGGAGGUGGAGGAGAGCAAGGAGGAGGUGGCAGUGAAAGAGCGAGGGAAAGAGGAGGAGCUGAGGGAGAGGGAGAAAGGGAAGCAUGACAUGGUGGUUGAUGAGGAUGAGGAAAUGGAAGAAGAGCUGAAGUGUAGUAGGGAUGAAGAUUUACUGUUGUGCACACACACUGCUGAGGAGGGAGGAGAAAGGGAGGAGGAGGAGGGAAAUGAAUGUGAAGAGACAGAGGGUGAGGAAGAGUUGGAUGAGGAGGGAGGCGAUGAGUUUGAGGAGGUGGAGCUAGAAGAGGAAGUUCAAGUUAGAAUCGUGCAGCAGAGUCAAGGAAGGAGGGGGGAGGAGGAGCAAAUGAUGACGGAAGACAAGAGAGGAGGAGAAGGGGAAGAUGAUGACAGAGGUGAACAAAGGCACACAGAUGAGGAGGCUGGCUCAUGUACGAACACGAGCUCUGAGGACUCUGAUUGUGAAAAGAACAGACAAUACACAGUGGAGUCCAACACACAACACUCUGAGGACUCUUAUUCUGAAAAUAAUACACAGCAUACACAGUCUGAAGACACUUAUUCUGAAAACACACUACAAAUGCACAAUGAGAACUCUUAUUCUGAAAAUAAUACACAGCAUACACAUUCUCAGGGCUCUGAUUCUGAAAACAAAAAACAACUAGCACACUCUGAGGACUCUAAUUCUGAAAACAACGCACUACAGACACACAUGGAGGAGUCUAACACACCAGCGAUGGAUCCAGACUCACUUCCGUCUGAAAGUGGACAGGAAAGGCCGGAGGAGGAAGACGAGGAUAAAGAGGAGCAGUGCAGCUGUGAGGAGGUUGGUGGAGGAAGAACUGCAAAGCUUCAGACUGAAGGCCUCAGCAGUCUGUCUGCUGGUCCCAGUCCAACAGAACCAGAACAACCCGUAGCCUCUCCACAGCCGGACCAGUCAGCUGCUUCCUCAGCCCCAGUGAGGCUCACCCAGUCCUCCCAGUCCAAGCAGUCCAGCUUCUACCGGGUGCUGUUGAGCUCUGGAGCCCUCUGUCUGCCAGGAACCAGAGACCGCAGUGGCCGCGCUUUGCUGGCGGUCAGCACCACGAACACCGUGUGGUCGAACCCCGACUGUGACAGCGCAGAGCUGCUCCGCCUCCUGCUCUACUACACCUCCACCCUCAGGAAGGAGGUGGCAGCGUUGGGGCUGACGGUGCUGGUGGACGCCCGCAGAGCCGCUCCUGUCCCCGCCCUGUUCUCCGCCCUCAGGUCCCUACAGGAGAACGUACCAGGCUCCAUCCACACUGUGUUCCUGCUGGUCAGCAAGGACUCGUCUCUGCGUCCGGACAGACCUGCGGCCACACAGGUGGAGGUGUUGAGCUCUCUGAAGUCUGUCCAGAAACACGUGGCGCUCCAGCAGCUUCCCGCAGAGUUCGGAGGGUCUUUCAGCUUCAGUCAGAGCAGCUGGCUCUGCUUCAGAUCGAGGGUGGAGCAGCUGACCAAUCAGUGUGAAAACGUCGUCAACCUCCUGCAGAAAACCAUCAACAUCCUGCAGUCCACACCUCUACCUGCUGCAGCUCAGGACGCCGAGCUGCUGUUGUCCAGGUACAAGGCGGUGAUGCGUAGCAUCCUCGAAGACAGCCGAUUGGUGCAGUUACAGCAGGAGGGCGGAGCCUCACUGUCGCGGCUCCGCAGGGAGGAGAGCAGCGUCAGAGAGACCGAAGAUUACCGGGCGGCGAUGGAGACGGUGUCGUCUCUGUACGAGGAGGUGGACGAGCUGCUGCACCGCCUGGUGACGCUGUCCAACUCCAGGACCCAGGAGCUGCACUUCAUCCUGGAGUUCAGGAGCCUGGAGCAGGGCUUCACCGAGGUGAGCUCCUGGCUGGAGGAGGUCGGGGAGGUUCGUCUGAAGAGUCUGAGUGAACCGGAGGAUUCUCUGGAGCUUCUGAACAAGAAGCAACAUGACUUCAAAGAUUUCCACACUACUGCAUAUGAGCGCUGCAGACGUGGCGAGGCCUUGUUGGCUCGUCUGGAGCGUUGGGGCGACAUGUCGUCAGCUGACCUCCACGUCUAUGAGGCCAAGGUUCAUUCUUUCUGGGCUCAGCUUCAGGACUUCUCUCAGCGGGUCAACGCCAGCGGCCAGAACAUCGAGCGGGCCGUGCGACUGUACCGCUUCUUGGACCAGGCCUAUGGCUGGGCGUUGGAGGGCAUGCGCCACCUAGCUGGUAUCAGUAUGGAGGAGUGCACGCUGCCAGACAAAUGCCAGGCUGUGAUUGGCUGCCUGGAGGACUACCACCGCCAACACCCGCCAAUCCCGGACGGCCGGUUUCAGGAGAUGAAGGCGGUGGCGGGCGAGCUGCGCGGCGAGCGAGGGCUCCGUCAGUGGAGCUUUGCCUGGUCCAAGUGUCAGGAGACCAAGAUGAUGUUUGACAGGAAGAUGGAGGCGGCGCUCAGGACACGAGACUCCCCCCACAGGCAGCGCUCUGACUCCACCUCCAGUAGAAGCUCCGCCUCCUCCAGGAAAACGCUGUCAGGACUCUGGGGGGUCCACGAGACCUCCUGUCCCCCUGAGGAGGACUCCAAAACCUCCUCCCCUCCCUGCACCUCCUCCCCUCUCGGCCGCCAGCACACCCCUCUCCUCCAGCGUCUGUUCCGCAGCUCCUCCUCAGGGGAGUCCUCGGUCCAGGUGGAGACCUGCUCCUCCAGUUCCAGCCCACCCCCCUCCUCCUUCUCCUCCUCCGGCAGACGACAGCAGCUCAGGAAGACUCAGAGCUUCGACUGUCCCUCCACCCCCGAGCCUUCGCGGUUCGGCCCGUGCCCACGCGCCCUCAGCGAGCCGGUGCGCAGAGGGAACACGGGCGUGUUCAUCCGCGGCCUGGAGGUCAGCAGCAGCGAGGCGGCCGACCACACGCUCUGCCCCAGGACGGCUGCUCACAGCUGGGCAGGACAGCGCCGCGGCCCCGGGACCCCCGGCACCCCCAGAACCAGCGGCAGCCCGGCGACGGAGUCCCGACCCAGAGGAAGUAAGCUGCGGCACGUCGUGGAGGAGAUGGUGACCACGGAGAGGGAGUACGUUCGCUCGCUGCGCUACAUCAUCCACCACUACUUCCCCGAGAUGGACCGAGCCGACCUGCCCCAGGACCUGAGGGGGAAACGCUCCGUGGUCUUCGGGAACCUGGAGAAGCUGCUGGACUUCCACAGCCAGUUCUUCCUGAGAGAGCUGGAGGCCUGCUGGAAGCACCCGCUGAGAGUCCCACACUGCUUCCUGAGACACCAGGAGCAGUUCGGUCUGUACGCUCUCUACAGCAAGAACAAACCCAAGUCUGACGCCCUGCUGGCGAACCACGGGAACUCCUUCUUCAGGAGGAAGCAGGUGGAGCUGGGGGAUAAGAUGGACCUGUCCUCCUACCUGUUGAAACCGGUCCAGAGGAUGAGUAAAUACGCCCUGCUGCUCACUGAUCUGAUGAAGGAGGUGGGCGUGGCUCAGGAGGCGGAGCUAGCCGCGCUGCAGGCUGCCACCAACAUGGUCAAGUUCCAGCUUCGCCACGGCAACGACCUGCUGGCGAUGGACGCCAUCCGAGACUGUGAUGUGAACCUGAAGGAGCAGGGUCAGCUGAUCCGUCAGGACGAGUUCACGGUCUGGACCGGGAGGAGGAAAAGUCAGCGUCACGUCUUCCUGUUUGAGGAGCUUGUCCUCUUCAGUAAACCCAAGAAGAUGGAGGGAGGGCUGGACGUCUUCAUCUACAAACACUCCUUCAAGACCGCAGACGUGGGUCUGACGGAGUCCACGGGAGACAACGGGCUGCGAUUCGAGAUCUGGUUCAGAAGGAGGACGUCCAAGAAUCAGACCUUCAUCCUCCAGGCCGCCACGCUGGACGUCAAACACACCUGGACCGCCGACAUCGCCCGGAUCCUGUGGAACCAGGCCACCAGAAACAAAGAGAUGCGUCUGAAGGAGAUGGUGUCGAUGGGGGUCGGGAACAAACCGUUUCUGGACAUCCAGCCGAGCGACGCCGCCAUCAGUGACCGAGCGGUCCACUGCAUCAUGAAGAGCAGAGGUGCCAGGACCCGGGCGUCCAUUGCCGUCUCCGCCUUCGAUCACUCUCACCCUUUCAAACGAGGAGCGGUGACCUCUGACCCCUCGGCGUCGGGGCCUUCUUCAUCCGGCCUGCUGGGGCCGCUCAACCUGCACAUGUACAGUCAAACCCUGUCCUCCUCUCCCGCUGCUGAGAGCUCCUUCAUCACUUCCUGUAUCGAGGAGGACGAGCAGGAGCACGAGACCAGCAGCCAGCCCUCCAUGACCACAGAGAGUUCGGGUUCUUCGUCUCGUUGUCUCUCCGGCUCCACCGGCUCCGACAGCGGCUGCGUCUCCUCCCACCUCCAGGAGGCCCUGCCCGAGGAGCAGAGCCCCCCCAGCCAGCCCUGCUCCUCCUCCUCCAACAAACAGCACCUCAACAGCCAGUACAUCUCACCAAAAGCUGCGGUCAUCGGCCCGGCCACCAUGGUGUGACUCAGCUGACCCGACGGACUCAUCUGUGGGUCUGCGUCCCGCUGCGUGGGGGACGGUUGAAGCAGCGACUGUGUUGAUGCAGUUUAAAGUGUAACUCUAGUUAUUUAUGUAGUUGUGCUUCAGGUAGAGUUUGUUCUGUAAAUAAUAGCCGUUAGCUUCUCUCACUCUGUAGUUCCACUCCUCGUAGCUGCUGUUCAUUGUUUCUGUGGUGCUGACCCAGCGUCAGCCCGCCGGCAGCUCGGCCCGUCUGCGAGGAGGACAGGUUCGAGUCUGAGCUGGUCCGGGGUCAGCUGGACUAACUGUACAUGUGUGUAAAUAAAGCCUCAGCUGGGCGUCUGCUGUCACUUUUCUUACUUGAAUAAUAAACAUGAGUUUGUUGAAAACCGA